CUAUUUGGGCGAAAUAAUUUCAUUAUUUUAAAUAAACCCUUUCAUUUGGUCUGCAGGUAAUAUGGGUAGGCUAGCUGCUGCAUAUUAUUUAACACCUUAGUGUGACGUAUGGGAUGUACCUGGUUUAUAUUUCAAUGUAGGCUAACCACGAAAAUACGACAUGAUCGUGGCGUAACGACAUGAAUGGACAGCAGACAGACAGUACUCUUGACCUCAGAUGCGUCACUGAGGAGGACUAAUUAUCGUUUUGACCAGCUGCCUGCUCCUGCGCUCUUUUCUCGGCUGUCAAGGUUAGCCUCAGUCGGAACAAUGCUAAUGAGACGAUAAGAAACCAAUUCGUUUGAAGGCGGCCAAAUUGACACGUGUUGGUAAACGAUUUCUCUUUAACAUAAUGCUAAUAUGAGGUUGAGUGAGCUGUGCAAGGAUAUAGCCUAAUCCUGCUCUAAUUGGUGCACCUUGCAUCCUCAGUCAAUACUGCAGCCGCAUACAGGUUUAGGCCUAUUGUGUGAAACUCUGAAAUAACAUGCAAGUUACAUGUAAAAAAAAGUAUCAUUAAUGGUCCGAUAAAAUGUUAAACGUAGAAGAAUAACACUUGAACUGACUAUUUGAGCUUGAGCAAACAGCUGAGAUGUCUGUCCCGAAAGCAUACCUGCGUGGUCAAUCCCUUUCGCAGUCUGACCAGGAGGAAUACACAGAUUCCACUCUUCUGGGACCCUACAUGGAGAUGAUCAGCUGUCACAGUGUUCAGGACUCAUUGCUGAGCUCCAAUAGCCGCUUUACCAACUACAGAGGAAUUCUCAACUGGAUAGUGAUUCUUCUGACCUUGACCUAUGCCCACCUGUUUCUGGAGAACUUCAUACAGCAUGGCUUUCUGAUUGACUUAAAGAAAGCUGUGGAAUUCCUGAUCGGGGACCACUACUGGCCAUAUAUGUACCUGAUCUUGGCUGCCAACAUGUUUCCUAUUGUGUCUAUGAUUCUGGAAAAGAGCCAGGAAAAGGGAAUCCUUUCUUCUUCGUUGGCAUACUGGCUUCACAUGGGAAACCUUGUGCUUCUGUCUGUUUUCCCCACCUUCAUUAUUCUCCAUUAUGAAACAUCUUUAUCUACAGGUGGAGCUCUUCUGUCGCUUUUCACCUACACUAUACUCUGGCUGAAGCUCUACUCCUAUCAGCAGGUCAGCAGCUGGUACCGUAAGAGGGAAUGCACAAAGGACGGAUCAAAACAUGUAAUUCCUCAGGAAAGUGAAAUCACUCUCUGUGAUCUCUACUAUUUCCUUCUGGCUCCCACUCUGUGUUACCAGAGGGACUUCCCUCAAACACCUAGGGUCCGUAUAAAUGUUGUGUUCCAAAGCUUGGUGGAAAUGGUGGUCCUCACCCAGCUCAUAGUGGGAAUCAUGCAGCAGUGGAUUGACCCCAUAUUCCAGCGGUCAAAAAAGACUUUUGUUGAUAUGGAAAUAGCUGCAAGGAUUGAGCACCUUGUGGAGUUGGCGACUCCCACCCAUUUCCUGUGGCUGAUGUUCUUCUUCCUUUUUUCACACUCCUAUCUGAACUUCAUAGCCGAACUCCUGCGCUUUGGUGACCGGCAAUUCUAUGGUGACUGGUGGAAUGCUGACACACUUGGCAGUUUGUGGAGAAAUUGGAAUGUUCCUUUCCAAAGGUGGAUUCAAAGACAUCUCUAUGAGCCAUUUCUAAAGAGGAAAUUCUCUGCAAAACAGGCCGACAUACUGAUCUUCAUAGUAGUCUCUGGACUGUUGGAGUUUAAUAUUGCUCUGGCCCUACAACGGUGUCACUUAUGGCUGUUUCUCAACAUGAUGUUUGAGCUUCUCCUGGCUUUUCUCUUGGAGCGCUUCUUCAUUGGUAACUAUGGGAAUGGGCUAGUGUGGCUCUGUCUGCUGUUGGGCCCUCCCUUGGCUGUGACAACUUAUUACCAUGACCACUACAUGAGUCAGCGUGGUCCAUCUUAUGGGUUACAGCCAGUCCCAUUACCACAGGAAGAACACUGAAAACGUUCCAAACAGCCAAAUGACACACUGUAUCUGUAUGUACUGUAAAUGUGUGAAUAACACCAUGUGAAAUUACAGAGAACAUACAGAUGUACAACAGGUUUCUGUCUCAUAAGUCUUUUUUAAAUGAAAUUUAAAACAUCAUCAUGCCAUACAGUUACUCUUACUGACCUCUGAUGUUCAAAUAGAACCUUCCCAGAGGCACAAUAAAAUUCUAA